AUGGGACUCGAAGUUUACGCGCUGGUGAUUUUUUCUUCGCUGGCUCUUCUCGCGGUGGCGGUAGAUGCACAAAACGAUUUCGGCGAAGAAACAAAUGGUCCAAAAGGGGAAAAACUGCCUUGGUUUACUUACGAAAUAAACAACUAUCUCAUAUAUUCCCUGUCGAAGAAGUCUGAUCAGGAGCCGAACGACGAAAGUGCUGAUUCUGUGAUUGUGGGAAUCGUGGAAAAAAUAUUGAAGGAAUCUGAGAUUCGCGGAGUUGUUAUAAAUUCCAGAAUUCUCAACGUCUUCAGGAAAAAGAUUUCUCUCCUCCAUUCAGCGUUCAAGAAAGCGUCAAAAAGUGGGGGGAAAAGUAUAAAGAAGCUAAUUGAUGCGUGGAAGGCAAAAAACUACUCCUUCAAAAUUUUCUAUCAUGAGCUCGAAAACAACUCAUUGAUUGAGGAAAACCAACAGCUUCGUGGGCAGAAAAGGAAAGCUGAACUGGAUUUAGCCGCAGAGCAGGCAAAGCGAUUAAAGAUUGAGCAGGAGCUUGAAGAUGUUAUUAGGGAUUCGGAAAACAGAAAAGAACAAUACAAACAAAAAUUCAAAAGAUUAGCGAAAAAAGCAGCAAGAAUGCAAAAAAAGGGACAAAGAGGUCCAAACAAAAGCAAACGUUUCACUGAUUAUACUAAACAACAUCAGGCAAGAUUAAGGCGAGGAUUUAAAGAAGACUGCCACUCAGCACUGUCAUUUUUAGGCCUCUAUAAUUUUAUUGCCACCAAGGUUGAGGUAUUUAAUAAUGACACUCAACAAUAUGAAACUAUUUCAUUGGUAGAAGAGGGAGAGUUACAAUUGGAAACAGAGCCAAGAGAACUGACCGACAAUGAUAUUGAUGACAUCAAUAUGUGGGUUUACUUGAAGGACAAAUUCAAUAUAUCUAAUGAAGCUUGGCAUGAGUUGGCCAUGAAGUGUAAAGACAUGCCCACAAAAUAUAAAAUAUGCAAACACCUAGAUAAGCUCAAUGCCAAUUGGAAUCUGAGAAGUACACCAGGGGAGGUAGAGGGAGUACAGAUUUCUUUCAGGGAGAGUCUUGAGGAACAGAUAAAAAGGCUGCAGAAAAAUGGAGUAUUGGACAAGGUUAAUACUAUUAAAGUAAAGCUCAGUGGUGAUGGUACCAACAUUGGGAAAAGGCUUAAACUUGAAAAUGUGACAUACACAAUUUUGAAUGAAAAGGAUGCAGCAAUGAAUGAAAAAGGGAACUAUGUUCUAGCAAUAAUUAAGACAACAGAGAACUAUGACAAUCUUAAAGAAAGCCUUGCUGAUCUAAAUAAUGAAAUGUCAAAUUUAAAAGAAAUAACUGUAAAUAGUCAUAAGUAUAGCAUUGAGUAUUUUUUGGGAGGAGACUGGAAGUUUCUAGCCUGUGUUUGUGGUUUAGGGGCCGCCAAUCAAAAUUUCUCUUGUAUUUGGUGUAAGUGCCCAAGAAAUGAAAGGUUUGACAUCAGUAAAAAGUGGUCUAUAACUGACAAAUCUCUUGGGGCAAGAGAUUUACAAGAAAUAGGUAAGUAUGCAAAAUAUAAACAAUAUAAUUGUAAAACUAAUCCAUUAUUUGAUUUUAUUCCUAUAGACCAUGUAAUAAUUGAUACUCUACAUUUAUUUUUGAGAAUAUCUGAUAAUUUAAUUGAACUUCUGAUCAGGGAACUUCGCAGGAAAGAUGCCAUUGACAAGGUAUCUACUUUUUCAAAUGGGUUUUGUCGAAAUAAGUAUAGACAUAUGGCUGGGUAUGAGAAAUUUGUAAAAGAACUUGGAAUUAAUUUUGAAUGGAAAAUUAAUAGGGACAGCAAGAAGUUGGAGUACAGAGACCUUACUGGACCUGAAAAACUCUUGCUUUUCCAACAUAUCAAUUUUCACUUACUAUUACCAGAGUUUCAUAAUGUGGACAAGCUGCAAGCCCUUUGGGGUAAUUUCAUAGAUAUUAUGGGUGAUCUUAAACUUAAUUACACUACAGAUGAUGCUAUCUCUAGCCUCAAAGACAAAAUCAAAAAAUGGUUUCAAAAAUUCUUAGACCUUUACCAAGCAAAAGAUGUAACACCAUAUAUGCAUUCUUUGUAUGCUCAUGUACCUGAAUUUUUAAAGCUCUACCAAAAUUUAGCUUAUUACACUCAGCAAGGUAUGGAGAAGUACAAUGACACUGUAUCAAAGGACUACUUUAGAUCAUCUAAUCAUAGAGGGGUUUCUGCUCUAAAGCAACUUUUCUUGAAAAAACACAGAAUACAGCUUUUGGAAGCAGCUGGUUUGGAAAGGGUGAAGGAAAGUUACAACUGUGGAAACUGUUCAACUUCUGGCCAUACCAUCAAAACAUGUACUGCAAAAUGCAGCAAAUGCGAUGCUCCCACUUUCUGUGCACAUCUUGUUAAAAUAGAUGGUAAAUGGAAGCCAAGAUGUGAUUUAAUCAAUCAGUAAUCAUAUAAUAUAUCAAUGUAUUAAGGGAGUGUAUUACCCAAAAACUGUUAGUAGAAGUUGUGUAGAAUAAUUUGCUAUGCCUGUGAAAUGUUUCUUGUA